UUUCUCUCUCUCUCUCUCUCCAUUUUUAUCGCCGAGGGUUUCCUUUCCAUUUCUGUGAUAUUUUCUUUCAGUUUGUCCGCUUCCAUCUACAUAUAAUCAGCAUUUGGAUUGGAUUGGAUUCGCUUUGCACCCAACGGAAUUGCUCUCCGAUGUCUCCGCCUCGCCGUCAGCGGCCGCCGGCAGCACCGGCCUGCAGCGACGAGUUGACUCUGUCUAAUUCGGAUUCGUCGGUUUUGACCGUACUGAAUUGCCAAGAUAUUUCGCACCGAUCUGCCAUUGAAUUGCCGGGUGACUGCACAGCAUGGACAGAUGAGAAGCACAGUUUGUAUAUUCAUCAGCUGGAAAUGUCGUUUAUUAAGCAGUUGAACCACUCAAAGUAUUUGCUUCAACACUUCUCGUAUAUGAGUUGGAGAGAUCUAAAUAUUGCUGAACAACACAUCAAUACUAGCCAUUCUUCUGAGCAGUUUCAAAUUGCUAGGAAUGUAAACUCGCAAAAGAGGGGUCGGGUGUGCAAAUACCAGCAUAAUGGCAAGCAGUUUGCUCCAUUAUCUGGUCAAAAGCUUGGUGAUAGUGUGAAACUUGGAAUAAGGAGGAGAUAUUCCCAUGGGUUAGCAUCAUUGACGCAAAAGUGUUCUUCUAGAAAACCAGCCCAUCAGGAUUUAUUUCACUUAACACGAGAGGGGAUGGGUCAAAAUUUUUCAGAUGAAGACAACAGCCAAAGUGAGCCAGAUUCCGACCCCUCGACAAAAAGGCUGAAGCCGGCUUUAGCUUUGGUCGACACUUCAUCUCAGAAUCAAUUAUCUGUUAUUUCAGAUCAUGCCCUCCAGAAAAUGUCUCAGCAGAAGAAUAUUCAAUCAUCAACAGCCCAAUCCCGGGUCAUUGAUGCAUCAAAAAUCUAUCUCGAAUAAAACUGAGAGGUCUGUCUAUCCCUUAUCCUGAAAUCCUACUUCAACACAGGAACUAUCUCGGAUUUUUCACUCUCUGUCACUAAAGCACGAGCAGAAAGCCCAAUCCAGGUGAUUUUUUUGGUGCAAAAGAUCUUAUGCUAGCACAAGGUAAAUUGUUACAUCUACUGUUGAGAUAUAGAUAUAGAUGUAAGAUAUAUAUAUAUAUAUAUAUGCAUAUCUAUGUGUGUGUGUUUAGCGUCGCGGACAAGAGGCUAGUGAUUUACGCAUAUGAGCGUGUAUAUAUAUAUCGGUUUCUUUGCACGGUGAAGUUUGGAGUUUGGGAUUUUUUGAUUGCCUAGUUAAAAAUGUAUAUACAAUUUUUUGGUGUAGUUUUGUUUUGAGAUGAAA